AUGAAGGUACUUCCGGAAUAUCCCCAUGUUUACGCUUUCGACAGUGAAUGGGAGGUGCCCGAUCGCGGCAAAAGAGUACAGAAGAUUUACCUACUGCAAUUAAGUACGGACAAGAUUGCGUUGCUCAUCUGGCUACCACAUCUCAUGAGGGAAAGUUGCGAGAAUUCUAUGCCAAAGCGUCUGAAAGACAUUCUACAACAGGAUGCCGCUCGACUUUUCGUUGCUGGGAAACAAGCCCCCAAGCGUAAUCUACUAGCGAGUGAUACUGUGGGUCUAGUAUUGCUUUACACGAAAUCAAGUGGCAAAGUCUGCGCAGAGGGUUUUCUUUGUAACGAUACAGAUGAUAUCACUGGAUGGACAAUGAAGCACAGUGAUAGUACGCGGAGCUGGAAUUUUGUGGCCGCAAGCCGACAGCAUCAUGUGAAGUGA